UAAAUAAACGUAUCUAUCAAAGUAUGCAAAUCCUCACGUGACUGGCUGAAUGAACGUAAUAGAUCAUUGUAACCUGUUUAUAUACAUAUCAGUAAAACUCAUUAAAGUUUCAAAGUACUAUAUUCGUGUAGGAUGGAAACUGCAACAACACGGCCUUUAAGGCAGUUUCGAAGGCCAGAUGUCAAGUAAGCUCAAAUCGAACGUGUCUCAGUCAAGUUCUGAAGAGGAAAAAGGUGGCUGUUCAUACAUCUGCAGAAUGCAGACUAGCAUAGAAGAUGUGCGUUCUUUGCAGUUCUGGCGGGCUUUAUUCGCCGAAUUUCUAGGGACCUUCAUACUGGUUAUCGUCUCCUUAGGGUCAACCGUCCAGGGAUGGAAUGCAGAUGCACUAGAUGUCGUGCAGAUAGCCCUUACUUUCGGUUUGGCUGUUGCCACAUCGGUUUGGAUUAUUGGACAUAUUAGUGGCGGUCACAUUAAUCCAGCCGUGACGAUAGGCAUGCUAGUGACACGUCGCAUCAGUCUCAUCCGUGCGAUUAUGUACAUUAUUUGUCAGUGUGUCGGUUCGAUAGCCGCGGCUGGCCUUCUUAAGGCACUGACACCCGCCGCUCAGAGAGGCGGACUCGGGACAACAACUCUGAAUGUUGGGGUUACCCCGGCGAUGGGAUUUGGCAUUGAGCUAUGUAUUACAAUGUUUUUGGUGUUGACAGUGUUCGCAACUUGUGACAGUAAAAGAACAGACCACGCUGGCAGUUUCCCGCUCUCCAUUGGUCUGUCUGUUACCAUGGGACAUCUCUGGGCGGUUGAGUUCUGUGGUUCUAGCAUGAAUCCAGCGCGAAGUCUAGGACCUGCUGUUGCCAUGGAGAUAUGGGAUGACCACUGGGUAUACUGGAUCGGACCUCUGACUGGAGGUCUCAUUGCUGGUCUGUUGUACGAUAACCUGUUAGCAUCAAACUCGUCGGUGAGGAAGGUUCGAGAUUGCAUGCUUUCGGCGCACUUUGACGACGACAAAUAUCCUGCGAGGAAAGAGAGAAUCCGUGACGUCGACGACGAAUACGACGUUGCUCAAGCUAUGACGCACAAUGUUUGAAAAUGCCAUUUGAUUUUAUUUUAAAAAAUCUAACAUUUGGACCUUUGAGUUAGGACACCUCUUUGCUGUUUGUACCAAAGCUGUUCAUAGUCGCAGAAAACUAACGAAAUAGUUUUAUAUGCUUAACAAUUAUAAAUAGUUACACGUACAGUUAUGCAUACUGUAUGUACAUGUAUGUGUAUAUAUAAUAUAGUGUACGCAGAUUAUGUUACACAUAUAAUUAUGUUUCUUUCGUAAACACUUUAUACGUGGAUGUUCUGGAUGUGAAAAGUCAAUAAUUCGUGUACGAGAUACACGAAUCGCAUACACGAGUGGAGCGAAGGCUUUGCAAUAUACUGAAAUACAAAAUUG